AUGCAGUCUUCUAUCCUCCACAUUACAACCCGACGGGCGCGAGAUAUGCAUAACAACACCGUCUCCGUAACAAUACAACCGACACUACAACCAAAUCCCCAUCGUUCCCAGUCACUCUACUCUGCCACUCUCCUUCUCCUUCACGCUACGGCCCCCACAACACCCAUCUCCAAAAUUUACACACACACGCGAUUUACCGCACGCGCCCCGUCACGCCGACUCGCCGAGCGGCAAGUCCUCGCCGAUGCGCUCGAGCAAGUCGUCGAGGCUUUCCUGGGGCUUGGUCCUGGCCUUGCGCAUCCCGAUGAACGGCGUCGCGGGCACGGUGAGGAGGUUGCGGAACACGGACCCGCCGGUCAUCUUGCGGAGCGGCUCCGCGUGCAUGCUGCGGAGCGCGAGCGCGAGGCUGCCCUUGUACGUGAACGGCGCGUGCGAGACGAGCAUCCCGCGCUCGCGCGAGCGCACCUGCACAAACUCCGUGCGCGACACGGGCACCACCUCCACUUCGCGCCGCCGGAACAGCCUGUUGCGCGCCGCGUCCGCGCGCCGCACCUCGUUCUUGCGCACCAGCUGGAACACCUUACCCGGGAUGUACAGCCGGCACCCCUCGUGCACCUUCUCCAGCUCGCGCACGAUCGUCGCGUUGUGCGCCGCCAGCUUGUCCCAGUCCACUACCGACCCCUUGAAGCCGAGCCCGAUCAGCAGCUUCCGCGACCGGCUCAGGUUGGCCACGUACCGCGCCGUCGCAAAGUAGGGCAGCAGCAUCGCCACGCUCAGCCGCGGCACGAUGUCCGGCCCGUUGAUCACCGUCACGGUGAACGACGACGUCAGCUCUGCGAGGUCGUACGUCAGGCACGGCAGCGGCGCGAACGCAAACGCAAGCGCCCGGGGAAACUCUGGGUCGUCGCGCAUGAUCAUCGCCAAUACGGAGGCGGUCGCCCCACCGAGCGAAUGACCCGUCGUCAUCAGCUCGAAACCAGGGUUCUCGCGAAGUGUCUUGAGCACGGACUCCCGUAUCUUGUGAAACAAGUUCCUCGCGCUCCUCAACACGCCAGAAUGGCCAAAGCCCUGCACCACGUCAUCUUCACCCCCUUGUUCCAGUCUCCGAAUACGAAUAGGGUCUUGCGUUGCCGCGAAGUCUGUGAGCGAGUCUACCAAAUUAGCCGUCCCCCUGACACAGACUACCACAGCCUUAAUCUGCCGGUCAACGGCGACGUAGUGGGACGGAAAGAAGCUGGUAUUCGAGGACCCUGCGGUGUGCAAGUCCUCACUCGCAAUACCAGUGCGCCUGCAAAUGAUGGCCCGGUCCGUGACGCGCGUCAGGACAACAUGAGGCGCGGAGGGCAUGCUAACCGGAAAGCCGUACACGCUUUCGGCGUGGCGUAA